GCCGCGCACAUCCUCUCGCUCACAGUGCAGUGAUUCCAGUCUCUCCCGCGAACUGCUGCACAGAAAGAUACGGGAAAAGUCCUGCAUUUUAUUCAAGUAGUUUCAUCGUCAACCCUGCGUCAAAGGAACUCCUGGAUUCUUUUGCCAUUCAUGUGGGAUUUCUUGAAAUUGUUUUUUUCUGACUUUAUAUGAAGCCUAUGUUCAUUAUAGGAGUGUUGGCUGUGCGCCCUGGCUCCAGUUUUGCAAUGUUUUCGCUGACGCCAAAAACUCUGCAGAAUUGAUUAAAACAGAGGCGCUUGGAUCAAAUGGCUUUGAUUCUCACAAGUGAAACGACAAAAUGUUCCACUGACGCACAGCAAAGGAGAGGAAUUUUACAUCGGGAUAGCAUUGCUGCUGCUAAACGAUCCUUUACGCGGCCAGGGGACAUGAGAAAUGCGACUUUGCUGUAAAAACUGGAAUUAACUUUUUCUACUUUUUGUUUCAUUUUCAAGUGCACUUUGCCACGGGGAGAUGCUGUGCUUAGUGUUGCUGCUCUCCAUCAUCAAUGGAGCUGCGUCUCAGCUGCACUACUCCGUGCCUGAGGAGCAGGAGCCAGGCUCCGUGGUUGGGAAUAUUGCAGAGGAUUUGGGACUGGACAUUACUAAACUUUCCGCUCGCCGUUUCCAAACUGUGGCGAGUUCACGGACCCCUUAUCUGGAGGUAAACUUGGAGAAUGGCGCGCUUGUUGUAAAGGAGAAAAUAGACCGUGAAGAGAUCUGUAAGCAGACUGUCCCGUGCCUAUUGCACCUGGAGGUAUUUUUAGAGAACCCGCUGGAGCUUUUCCGUGUCGAAAUAGAAGUGAUGGAUAUCAAUGACAACCCACCCAGCUUCCCUGAGACGGACAUUUCAGUGGAAAUAUCAGAGAGCGCUAUCCCGGGUACGCGUUUCCCUGUAGAGAACGCGUUCGACCCCGACGUGGGCACAAACGCGCUCAGCACCUAUGCCAUCACCAACAAUAACUACUUCUAUCUGGACGUGCAGACGCAGAGCGACGGAAACAAGUUCGCAGAACUCGUUCUGGAGAAGCCAUUGGACAGAGAACAGCAGGCAGUGCACCGAUACGUGCUCACUGCUGUGGAUGGAGGCGUCCCACAGAGAACAGGCACUGCUCUGCUAGUGGUCAAAGUACUGGACUCAAAUGACAACGCGCCCACGUUUGACCAGUCCGUGUACAGCGUAAAUCUGAAGGAAAACUCUCCCGUGGGCACUUUAGUAAUCGAACUCAACGCCACAGACGUGGAUGAGGGGCAGAACGGGGAGGUAGUUUACUCUUUCAGCAACCACAACGCUCCACGAAUAAAGGACUUGUUCAGCAUAGACGACAGGACAGGCAGAAUAGAAGUGUCAGGGGAGAUUGACUAUGAAGAGAGCAGCACGCAUCAGAUUUAUGUCCAAGCUAAAGACCUAGGGGCUAACGCAGUCCCUGCGCAUUGCAAAGUCCUGGUCAAACUAGUGGAUGUGAACGACAACACACCAGAGAUCGGCUUCAGCACAGUGACUGAGUCUGUGAGUGAGCAGGACGCGCCGGGGACAGUUAUCGCUCUGUUCAGUGUUUCUGACAGAGACUCUGGUGAGAACGGCCAGAUGAGCUGUGAGAUCCUCGGAGACGUCCCUUUCAAACUGAAAUUAUCUUUUAAGAAUUACUACACCAUAGUCACAGACGGCCCUCUGGACAGAGAGAGUACAGACGCGUACACAAUAACAGUAGUGGCUAAAGACAAGGGGCAGCCUUCUCUGGCCACUAGUAAGUCAAUUAAAGUGCACGUAUCAGAUGAGAAUGACAACGCACCACGCUUUAAGCAGGCGGUAUAUGACGUGUACGUGACAGAAAACAAUGUGCCAGGGGCUUUCAUUCAGGGGGUGAGCGCACUAGACCCAGACAUCGGCCAGAAUGCGCUCAUUACAUACUCCAUAUUGGAAUGUGAUAUCCAGGGCAUGUCUGUGGAAACGUAUGUGUCCAUAAACAAGGAGACAGGCUACCUUUACGCGCUGCGCUCCUUUGACUAUGAGCAGCUAAAAGAGUUCAGUUUCAUGGUUCAAGCGAAAGAUUCUGGCGCAGCUGAGCUCUUCUCCAACGCCACUGUCAAUGUGAUCAUAGUGGAUCAAAAUGACAACGCCCCCACCGUCAUAGCCCCCAUAGGGAAGAAUGGCACGGCCAAGGAGCACCUGCCGCGUUCAGCUGAGCCUGGUUACCUGGUGACGCGCAUUGUGGCUAUGGAUGCGGAUGAUGGAGAAAACGCACGGCUGUCCUACAGCAUUCUGCGCGGAAACGAGAUGGGGAUGUUCCGUAUGGACUGGAGGACGGGUGAGCUAAGGACAGCACGAAGAAUAUCUCCCAAACGGGACCCACAAGGCUUCUAUGAUCUCCUCAUAGAGGUGAGGGACCACGGGCAGCCGCCUCUGUCCUCCUCAGCCAGCGUCAGUGUGAUCCUGGUGGACAGUGUGGUAGAGGGCCGCAGUGGCGACCGCGCCUCCACCUCGAAAGCCAAAGACACUUCUCUGGACUUAACUCUCAUCCUCAUUAUUGCCCUGGGCUCUGUGUCAUUCAUCUUUCUUCUGGCUAUGAUUGUGCUCGCUGUGCGCUGCCAGAAGGACAAAAAGCUGAGCCUGUCCACGUGUCUGCUGGCUGGGGAGUGCUGCCUGUGCUGUGGCGCGUGCUGUAGCAGACAGGCUCGAGGACGCAAGCAGAAGAAGCUCAGUAAGUCGGACAUUAUGUUAGUCCAAAGCACCAACGUGACGUCAGGGGUGGGGCCCGUGGGACAGGUGCCCGUGGAGGAGUCGGGCGUGGGCGGAGUGGGUGGGGGAUUUGGCUCUCAUCACCAUCAGAACCAGAACUCCUACUGUUAUCAAGUGUGUCUCACUCCAGAAUCUGCCAAGACCGACCUGAUGUUCCUGAAGCCCUGCAGCCCGUCCCGCAGCACCGACACGGACCACACCAACCCCUGCGGGGCUCUCGUCACCGGAUACAGUGACCAGCAGCCCGAUAUCAUAUCCAACGGCAGCAUCCUGUCCAGUGAGACCAAACACCAGCGAGCAGAGUUGAGCUAUUUGGUGGAUAGACCCAGACGUGUUAACAGCUCUGCGUUCCAAGAGGCAGAUAUUGUCAGCUCCAAGGACAGCGGUCACGGAGACAGCGAACAGGGCGACAGUGACCACGAUGCCACCAACCGGGGCCACUCAGCCGGUGCGGACCUCUUCUCCAACUGCACCGAGGAGUGUAAGGCCCUGGGACACUCGGACCGCUGCUGGAUGCCCUCCUUUGUGGCGUCGGACGGUCGCCAGGGGCCCGAUUACCGUAGUAACCUGCACGUGCCUGGCAUGGACUCUGCCCUGCCCGACACAGAGGUACCAGCGUCGCCACAGCCGCCCGCCCCCGUCAGCCUGUCCGAGCAGCUCUCCGUCCCGUCCUCGCUGUCCUCCUCGGCAGCCUCGACCAACGAUAGGUCAUUCUCCACCUUUGGCAAGGACGGUCAGAGGUCUCAGUCACACCACAGCCUACACCAUCACCUCCAUCAGAGCCCGCAGUACAGCUCCAGCACGCUAGAGAGGAAAGAGUAUGAUAGGGGGACGCUCCCGUACAAACCUACCUUUCUCUCCCGCAAAAGGAUUUGCUAGCUCAUUCCAUGUGGACCUGUCGGAAACAGCGUGAAUUACUGUACUAAGAAUGUGACUGAAAGACAAUAGGAAACUGUAACCUGGACAACUGCGUUCGUGGUUAAACUUCAUUAUCUCGGGUGGCCAAGUGUUACAAAAGCCUGGGUUGUGCCGUGGUCGCUAGGGAGGAAAUCAGAGGAAUUUACAAUGAAGAGCAGAAAAAGGAGCAAUCUGAAGCCUUACAUUCCUCUCAGCAGGACUGAGACAGGCCGAGACGCAUCUGUGAAGAACACAAUGUCAUCAGCAAAUAGACGACAAACUGGAGUACCAAUCCACCUCCAGGAUUGAGGGAAUUUUGCCUCUCUCAAACCUUUUUCUUUUUUAUUCUCAACACAAAGGUUGGCCUCUGGACAGCUGUGUGCCUGUUUACACGAAGAACAAAAAUGUUUCUGUACAAAAUUCACACAGAACCCUUUAGCUAUUUUUACGGUCACUACAACUGUACAGAGACUUGGAGAGCAUCACAGCAGCAGCAGUGAGGGAGUACUCGGACAGGUGCUCUGGACAGGUGCUCCAGACAGGACAAUGAGCAGGGGCAGGUGUUGUACAGGUACUUGUGACAGGAGCAGAGCUGGUGAUGUGCAGUAGUAUAAAUUCUGUAUCUGCGUUUCUUUGACUUGACUGUCUUUCUAUAACUUCUCCUCUUGGUUUCUGUUGUUCUCUGUGUGGUUCAUGUGUGCAGACUCUAACAUAUUACAGUUAGACAGGACAAUGCUUCUCCAGCCGGGUGCAGUCCUCUUUCCAGUUUAGCCACUUCAGGAAGGACACAUGAACAUUAAAAAAAAAUACUGCUAAAGUCGUACUUAAAUGUGCAGUUUAUCAAUAAAAUCUCACAAAUAUGAAUGUUUUUGAAGCUACUUCCUUCCUGAGCUGACUGCAGAAAGUGAAGUGACCCUGAACCAAGAUGUGAUGGCAUUGGCUCAUACAUAAACAAUCAGACACACUCAGUGGUUUUUAUCAUGUGUGCAAAGUGUUUACUGUGCUAUUUUAAAAAGCUUAUAAAUGAAUAUAAAACUACAUAUAUAAAACUAUAUAUACAAUAUACUUUUUUUGAAAUCUGUGUACCCAUUGGUUAGUUUACAUUUCAUAAUGUCAUUCAAUCUGGUACUACAACAGUUGUACAAUUCAAAUCAGCUGAAAAAAGCAGAAACUCGUCACACUGAUCUUGGACUAAGUUGGUGUUAUUUUGAUGGUUAUUUUUUCCGUUUUCACUGGGCCUUCUCGUGUGUAGCAAAUACACCACUUCAGUUAUGUACUUUUUAUAUCUAAAUAUGUUUAUGUACAGGAACAAGGAGAUCUAUCCCAACAUAACUUAACAAACAUGACUAUGGGAUUUCCACACAGCGUUCAUGAUGAGAGUGGAGAAUGCACACAAACACACAACGCAGGUCAA